AUGUGCUGCAGGAGGCGUGAGGGCGAGAGCUGCUGCUUCGGAGUGGGCAAGGAUGGAGAGCGCAUCCCGUGGAUCAAAAGCUGGGGGGCGGACCUCUUCUUCGGUGGUUUGAUCUUGAUCAGCGCGGCGCUGCUGGGUCUGGACAUCGAGCUGGGCCUGCGGGGGGUGGAGGAGUGGCGCCAGGAACUCUUCUGGAUCCAGUUCGGCCUCCUGAUCAUCUUCGUUCUGGAGCUCCUCCUUCGAGUCCACACGGAAGGCUGCAGAUAUCUGCUGAUCUUCGCGAACUUGCUGGAUGCGCUCAUCAUCUCGUGUUCCAUCGCCGAGUAUGUUGUCUUCUUUGCGCUGGGCGAGAGCGUGCUGCUGGGCGCCUUGUCUGUGAUGAGGAUCUUCCGGCUGCUCCGCAUCUUGCGGGUGGUGCGCUUGAUCCGCGUGUGCCCGAAGCUCUACAAGAUCUGCACCAGCUUGGUCUCGGCGGUUCGAGCCGUGUCCUGGGUCUUCCUGCUGCUCUUUGUCUUCAUGUACAUCUCCGCUCUGAGCUGCACGGUGCUGCUCAGCAACUCCAAGGUGCCCUUGGUGCGCGACAACUUCGGCUCGGUCUUCCCGAGUCUCUACAUCCACUUCGUGAUCCUGACGGUGGAGGGCUUUCCAGAGCUGGUGGCGGCCAUUGCGCAGGAGAACGGCUGGCUUUGGUACAUCUACUUUGUGUGUUAUAUCCUCUUCACCAACGUGAUGGUGAUGAAUACCGUCACAGGCGUCAUCUGCCAGACGGUGGUGUCGCAUGGGAGUGUGGACGCCGGGGCAAAGGCGCAGUGCUACAAGGAGUUUGACAAGCUCAAGGAGGUGGUUUUGGACUGCAUCCUUCUGGAAGGCUUCCGCUACGAUGUCCAUGACGAGAUGAGCUAUGAGAUCUUCCAGGUGGUCAUGCGCAAUCCAGGGGUCCGCGCCUCAUUUGAUGCCGUGGACGUCUGCCUUGAUCUGGAGGAGGAGCAGCUCUUCAACAUCAUCGACGAGAACGGGGACGGCAAGCUGAGUUUUGACGAGUUCUUCAUGAGCCUCUGGCGGCUGCGCGGGAGCAAAGAUCGGUUGCAUUCCCUGCUGGUGCAGUCGGACAUUGUGCAGACCCACAAGCAGCUGCGGGAUCGGGUGGCGCAGAUGUCCGAGACACUGGUCGCCUGCCACGCGGAGGAAUGCUCCCAGCUGCGGGAGACUUUGACCGAGCGUUGCCAAUCCCUGGGCCAACGGCUGCAGGAGCAGCUGCAGCAGCAGAAGGAGCAGAAGAAGGAAGAGCCACAGGAGCUGGCCCGCAAGCAGCUGCUGCAGCUGCUGCAGUCGGCCGGUGCUGCAACUGCCACGGCGCGCGCGACCCUCACGAGGUUGGAGGAGGAGAUCUCCGUAAAGCGGUCCAGGGUCUCCGAGCUGAAGGUGCAGGUGCAGGAGAAGAUGCGCAUGCAGGAGGUGGAGGAUGAGGAAGACACGUCUCCAUCUGCGGCUUCGGCGCAACUGGAGGUGGAGGUCGAGGAAUCUGGAGUUGAGGCGCAGGUGCCGGACGAGUGCUCCCCGAUCUCGGGGCCGGGGGGCCCAGAGCUCGCCUUCCCGAAACCUUCCGACAGAGGUGUCACCAGUGUCACCAGUGUCGCCGUGCGACACGGAAGGCCGGCGGUGCUGACAGUGCGUACUGGGGCCACUUUGAAAGGGAUGUGA